AUGGAGGGAAAUACUAUGUUGGUUUCUGUGGCGGUGCUAUAUUGGGCGACCUUCUUCUGCAGCAUUUUUUUGCUUGUGCCUUUGGGUUUGUCUCAGAAUCAGAUGCAGAAUGUAUUGUAUGGCGACGAAGAGAAUAAUGGAUGCAUGUUGUUCGCCAGCGUGGGAUUUUACAAUUUCAAGCAGCUGCGUGGAUCAGACAUGAGUAUUUGCCGAAUGUCUUUCAUUUUUCCGAUUGUUGCAAUGAUCAUAGGAUUGGUCUUGGCAUUCUCGCAUUCAGUGCGAGCUUGGCGAGCAGUGGCUGAAAUGGAUGAGCAAGUGAAGUACAAGAUGUGGGCGUGGCCAUGGCUGAUCGUGGACUUCGUCGUACUGCUCAUAAUGGCGCUGUGUGCGUCAUACACGAGCGUUGGUUUGGUGACGACGUGUGAUGAUAUCCGCAGGCACAUGAUGUCCGACUUGCACUAUCUGGAGCAGCAUCUGCAAAGCUGCUUCACCUACAUCGCCGGCGAAGGAAGUAUGCGAAUCGAUUUGGCAGUAUGCGUUUAUUUAGCUGUUGCCAUGUACUGGCUGUUGACAGUACUCUGGCUGGCAUUGACGAUCAUGGCGAUCCUGAGAGUACGCCGUAACGCUCGACAUCGUCGCAGAUUACGGAACGAGCUUUUCUUUCCUCCCCCACAGCCAGAAACGGCGCUGUGA